UAAGGGACGUCCUUUUAUUGGAUUGUCGCUGGUCGUAGUCGGAGAAAUCUCGGCUAAGGGAAUUAACUCUUACCCCGGAUAUUAUGUAAUAUUGUUUACGUGGUUACCAGAAUGGUCAGUCGUGAAUGUCUGCGCAUCUAUUGCGCAUCUGCAGCGGUACAGAGAGGUUAACAGCAGGGUGUCGGGGUGUAUCAGUUACAUGCCAGACCGUAGCGCUGAUGGUUCAUGAUAAACUGUUGGUGAGGGCCGUCCCUCUAUUAUAUGGUCUCUGGGGUAUCCUAGAAGAUAUAAAAAUUCCACGAAACAACUGAUUUGGUCUGAAUAUUCUACGGAUUGUUCUAUAUGAUCAUAUCUGACGUGCCAACAGUGUGCGGUAUCAGUGUAUAUUUCAGUGGACUUACACUCUGUUGGUAACAGACACCAGAAGAAAUACCAACGUUAGACGGCCCAGUUGAAACGGAAUACUGACAUUUGGUUGGUACCAUUCCAAACAAUGAGUGUUGUGAAGUUCCCAGAUGCUGGAGGGUGUUCCAUGACCCUGAUGGAUGUGGAUGGCCGAUACCUGACCGCCUCUGCUUCCCCUGACCACUGGCAUUCCCUCAGGACCAUGAAUACCAGAUGUGAUGAUGUAUAUAUUUGUUCAUACCCCAAAUCUGGCUUUCACUGGAUUUGGGAAAUUGUAGCAAUGCUGAGAUCAGGGGCCUCAACACCAAUUCAGGAGCUCAUGGAAGGUCAUAUAACAGAUUUUAUGAAAUUGGAUGAUCUGGAGAGACAGGCAUCACCGAGGACAUUGACAACUCACAGAUAUUCGGUGGAACUCCCUGAGGAAAUCUUUCACAUGGGGUGUAAGAUAGUAUAUUUGGUUCGUGACCCUAAAGACAUUUGUGUUUCAUAUUACCAUCACCUUACACAGUUGAAAGGACUGGAUUAUGAAGGACACUUCAGUGAUUUUGUCCCUUUGUUUCUCGAAGGAAAAGUUCCCUUCAACUCCUGGUGGGAGCACAUCACAUAUUGGUCGGCCAUGAAGGUGAAGUAUCCAGAAACACCACUUCUUGUUGUCAGUUAUGAAGACAUGAAACAGGACCCUGUUGGUGGUAUAAAGCGUCUUGCUGCCUUCCUAGAAGUGGAUGUUGCUGAAGAUGUGAUAAAGAACAUUGCCAAAAACACAGAGUUCACAACCAUGAAAUCUGCAAAAGAACAACUUGAGAACAAACUGGUGUCUUAUUACAAAUGUGGGAAAGAGAUUAUGUACAGGAAAGGUGAAGUUGGUGACUGGAAACACUGGUUCACUGGUGCCAGGAACAAGGAGUUUGAGGACUUCAUCAACACCAAGCUGCAAGGAAGUCAUUUCUCUGCUCUAGUUUCCCCUGACAGAUAUCCAUGGUUAAGGACAACAAAGUUUGGUCAUCUUUAAACACUCAGGAUCACACUUCUUCAAUUUCUACAGUAAAUUUUGCAAAAAGUUUAGCUCUAUUACUGAAAUUCUACAAAAGGUUUUGCAAGGAUCAAGAUUCCCGUAUCUAAACACGGGAACUUUUUGGAUAGAAAUAGGUUUGUGUUUCUGUGCUUUUAGUGCAGUGUUUACCCAUCUCUAACUGUAAAUGCAAGGCCUAAAAAAGGCCCUAAUUUGGUGACAUAAACUCUGUAUGAGCAAUGAAUUAAACACAGGGCCUACUGAAUUUAAUGAACUGCUAAAAUCAAGCAGAUCAGGGUGUCAGAAGAUAAAAGACUUUGAAAGGAAAUAUAUGCAAUGUGACAGGAAGUGAGAUCUUGCAAAACGUUAUGUGCAUGAAAUCGGACAAGACAUUAUUACAAAUAUGGAAUAGCUUCGUAUCAUUAGGAUAGAUGCUUUACAUGAUGAAUAAGAAGCGAUGGAAAGCUACUUCAUACCUUGGAGGUAUGUAUUGAAAUGUAUUGAAAGAAUGGUUAACUGACAAGAGUUUGUGAUUGUCCAAAUAAAGCAGAUAAAGACUCUAAAGUAUUAGAGACACUUGACACUGCUGGAGAAGCCACUAAAACAACAUGGCCUGAAUACAAGAGAUAGGUGGAGCCAAUGACCUGACUGCCACCAGAGACAUUUAGCAGAGAGCGCUGGUGCCAGAUAGUAUUACAAAGGCGGUAAUCUUAGGGAUGCCCCGAGGGAUGAGAGGCACCCAGAAGCCAGUACUACGUCAUCUUAGGCUUUUAGGAACAGUGAUGCUGCUGGAAAAGACGAUGAGACACACAUUGGAACAACAUAGAACAUCAACCAUUAAAAACGUCCUGGCCACUCCAGCAGGGGACAGUCCAGGUAGUGUUGUGACCAGGGCCAAGAUUUUCACCACGAUGAACUGAAUAAAUUUUACGAACUUUCUAUCAUGGAACAUUUCUGGUAUAACACAUAAAUUGUCAGAAUCUGACUUUAUUAUCUAUACUAGCCACAUAAAGAAACUAUGCACGGAGAAAAUAUAUUCUGGAUUGAAAUUCAACACGGCAAGAACAAAAUGAUGCAGACACUGUAGCAGCUGAAUGAUAGGACCAUAAGAA